CUGUCAAUAAUCGCAACCAAGUAAUGUGACGAUAAGUCACUUUCCUAUAUGUUUAUAUUAUAUAUUUUUGUACGGAUACCGGCCUGAACGUUAUUGGUUGAAAAAUAUCACAAAUAAAUUUAAAAAAAACAGUUAUAAUUCAUAAAAAAAAUCAACAAUUACUAUUUUUUAAUAAAUAAAAACACUAUCAAAUUGAAAAUGAAUAAUACUAAAAGGACUAUCUAUGUUGGUGGUUUAGCUGAGGAAGUUGACGAAAAGAUUCUUAAUGCUGCAUUUAUACCAUUUGGUGAAAUAAUUGACAUUCAAAUACCACUUGAUUAUGAAUCUGAAAAACAUCGUGGAUUUGCGUUUAUAGAAUUUGAAUUAGCUGAAGAUGCUUUGGCGGCUAUCGACAAUAUGAAUGAUUCGGAAUUGUUCGGUCGUACAAUACGCGUCAAUAUAGCUAAACCACAACGUAUAAAAGAAGGCUCAUCUAAGCCUGUUUGGGCUGAUGAUGCUUGGUUACAAGAACAUGCUGGUGAAACUCUCAACAAAGAUGACGUCACGAGUAAAAUACCUUCCACAACUGUAAAAGAAAAACGUAAUCCACAGGUUUACUUUGAUAUAAGUGUCGGUAAACAUGAAUUGGGGCGUAUUAUAAUGAUGUUACGUUCAGACAUUGUUCCUAAAACUGCCGAAAAUUUUCGUUGUCUUUGUACUCAUGAAAAAGGUUAUGGUUACCAAGGAAGUAUAUUUCAUCGCAUAAUUUCCGAUUUCAUGUGUCAAGGUGGUGACUUUACAAAUCACGAUGGUACAGGUGGUAAAUCAAUCUACGGUAAUAAAUUUGAUGAUGAAAAUUUCGAAUUAAAACACACGGGACCAGGAAUAUUGUCAAUGGCUAAUUCAGGACCCAAUUCCAAUGGUUCGCAAUUUUUUUUGUGUCUUGCAAAAACUGAUUGGUUGGACAAUAAACACGUUGUCUUUGGACACGUACUCAGUGGACUCGACGUAUUGAAAAAAAUUGAAAAAUUCGGUAGUAAAGCUGGUACAACUUCCCAAAAAGUUGUCAUAACUACAUGUGGUGAAUUAUCGUAGCAGUAAAAAUUAAUUUUUUAUUACGAACAAUUAGUAUAUAAAACAGUAAUCAUCCAACACUUGUCUAUAAAAUAUCUAUUCCUUUGGUAUAUUUUUGUAAAUUAUGUAUGGUUUUUGAAAAAUACAGCUUGAAAGUAUUGCUUGAAUAAUUUAGAAA